AUGAAGCAGUUAAGUAUUUGAUAUCAGUAUGUGCCAAUCUGCGAAUGAAAGCCAAUUUUGAUGAUGCAGACGUUGCCAUUGAAUCGAUACGGCAAGAUGCAAACAAUGAAGGCUACGCAGUCGAUGAGCAGGAUAUGCGGCAAAUGAAAAAAGAUAUUGAAAAUCUCAUGGCAGGACCAAUUCAGGAUAAACCAACCAACACAUUCAUUUUGGCUGCCUUAUCAGAUUUACAUCGACUUUUAUCAGCAGUUAAAACAGAGAUAAAGAACUCACAUUCGAAACCAUCGGUUUCAGUGAAUGCAGCCAGCAGUGGUGAUGAUGAAGGCGCGUCGUCAAUCAAUGAACCGACCAAUGAUUCCGAAAAAUUUACCAAACGAUUCAAUGACCAGAAAGCGAAUGCUUGCUCGGAUUUGGAAAAGGGAAAACUAACUGCGAUGAUUAAGAAAAUUGAAUACUAUUUGGCUUAUGCUAAGAAAUACCAUUAAUCGAAUCAAUGGAUGCAAAUAUUAAUAAAAUAAAUAUUUUGAGAUUCGUAGGAAACUACGAAUAAAGUAAAGCUCAUUUCAUUGGAUGAAUAAGAAUAAAUAAAGCAAA